AUGACUUCGAGCAUCAGAAUCUUGACAAUUUUCGCAUUUGUUGCAUUUGUAGCUGUUAAUGCAAAACCUUUCGGUUUUGGUGGACCAAGAGUGAGUUGAGAUCUUCUAGAUUCUCCUGAUCUUUAUGAUUUUUCAGCAUCGUCCACCUCCACCACCACCAUGUGGAAUUCCACCAUUUUUGGCAGAACUUCCAGCUGAUGCGCAAGCAAAAAUCACAGAAAUCUGGAAAGAUUAUCAAACCGGUGCGAAAUGUUAUAAUGAGCAAGGAUUGACUCGUGAAAUCUUGGAUGCUCUUCCAAAAGAACUUCAAAAAUCUCUUCACAAACGUCCACCUCCACCACCAUUUUUGGCUGGACUUCCAAAAGAAACCCUGGCUAAAUUCGAUGCGAUUUUCCAAGAUAAAUCAAUUCCACAUCAAAAAAAGAUUGAACAAAUUGAUGAAUUGGCUGAGAAAACAUUGAGUGGUGAAAAUUUGAAGAAAUUCCAGGAAUUCAAGGCGAAAAAAGAGGAAGAAAAGAAAGAAUAUGAAGAGAAAAAAGCGAAUUUGUCAGAAAAUGCAAAAGAAGUUGAUGCUAAAAUCGAGGAAUUGAGAAAACAAAAAUUCGAAUUGAUUGAUUCACUUGAUGAAAAAACACGUGAAGAACUUUUUGAUUUGUGGGAAACUCGACCAGGACCACAUGGACCACCACCACCACGUCAUUAA